AUGAAGCCCACCUCCCUCGCCAGCGUUUUCGCGCUGCUCGCAACCGCAGCCUUAGCCCUGCCGACCGAGACCGAAGAGAAUCACCUCGAGGCCCGCGUGCUGCAACCGCAAGUGUACGGCCGCACCUGCUACUGCGGCGAUAACUGCAACACCGUGUCCUGGCUGUAUGCGUGGGAAUGGAGCGACGGCGCCUGUUUCAACUUCUACACCGGCAUGUCGGCCGCCUGGAUCGAUGCGGGAUCCGCCUGCACCUUCUACAAUGCGGCCAAUUGCCAGGGCAGCUACAUGGCGUCCUCGAGUACGUGUACGAAUUCGAAUGUGGGGUGGUUGUGGUCGGCGCGCUGUCGGCGGUAG